GAGUAAAAUCCAUUCUCAUCAAUUAGUCUGUCUCGAUACAGCUAGCUAGUAUUGUAAACGUAUGGCGCUACUACAACUAGCUAUUUAGUUAUCUAGUUAAAUCCAAUUGUUACAACAUGACACGCAAAAGUACAUGAUACAAGUACAUCAUUUUAGACGACACCGAGUUCAACGUUGUUUCCGUUUACUGUUACCAGAGAAACGCGCUGCCCAAUCAAAAGUCGUUUAGUAGGGACCUUCGACUCAGUAACCAAUCUAAUCCCGCAUUGUUGUAAAAAUUAGCCAGUUGAAACACAAACCUAGCGAUUUGAAACUGUCAAGAUCAACAAGUUGAUAACACAAAACAAACGCAAGACGAAGGCAGUUCGAUUUACUCCAAAGCACCAAGAUGUCCUCAGAUGAAGGGGAUCCGAGCAGUCCAGUUCUGCCAGGGGACUCAGAUCAGGGCAGCUCGGUCUCCUCUGAGCUGCAGGAUGAAUAUGAAGAACUUCUCCGCUACGCAGUGGUCACUCCUAAGUAUGACCCACAGCCUGCCACUCAACUGCAGCUUCUAAGUGCCUCACAACUGUCUGCGGAUGGACGGAGUUCCCGUGGAAAUGAUGACGCGAGGUCCCAUGGCUCAGCAGGCUCAGUUUCUGAAGCUGAAGAUGGGAGACGCUCUAGCAGGGGAGUGAGGUCAGCACGGGCCUCUCCUUUUAUGGUGGAGCCCAGGGCACACUCACACACAUUUGAGGGUAAUGAAGAGAUGGCUGGCAGGUCAUCUGUUGUCUCAGACGCCCACUCAGACAGACUGCCGACGCCGUCGGAGAGCUCCAGACACGGCAGUCCAGACCCCCUGGUCACCGUGGUGACAGAGAUGUUUGUCUCUGAGGAGAACCUGAACAAGAUGGAGAACCUCCUGGACACGUGGAGCGACAAGCUCAAGGCCAACGUGCUGAUGGAGCUGAGGAAGUGGAAGCUGGCCUUCAUGGAGCAGCACAAGCUGGAGGUGAGGAAGGAGAGGGAGAAGCAUGCUGCCUGUAUAGCAGGCCUCACUGCAGAGAUGGACAGCCUGAAGGAACUGCUCCACACCUACGAGACCUCCAACCAGAGGAAGGACGAGGUGAUAGUGAACCUGAGCCAGGCUGUGGACAGACAGAGGGAGAGGCUGGAGCUGAUGAGGACCUUCACCCACUGGAGACUGCAGCACAGCGAAGCCAGGGAGCAGGCCCACAGUACCCGGCUGGCAGAGCAGCACUACCGUCUGCAGCUGAAGAGGAAGGUGUGGGCAGGCUGGCACAACCUGGUCGAGGGGAGCUGGAAGGAGAAGGUGGAGAAGGCGUGCCGCGCCCGGGCAGAGGAGGUCUGUGUGCGCCUGUCAGCUGGCUAUGAGGACAAGAUGGCAGAGCACGUGGAAGCGCUGGAUGCUGCCCAGGCUGAGAUCCAGAGGCUGCACUCCGAGAGGGAGCGUUACGAGGAGUCCAUGAAGAAGGCCUUUAUGAGGGGCGUGUGUGCCCUCAACAUGGAGGCUCUCAGCAUGUUCCACGCUGGGGAGGGACGAGCGGAGCACGACCUGCACGAUGCUCCGCCCCCUCGGGAUGAUCCUGGCACCGGCUCAUUGGCCCAUCUCCAGCAAAGGCCUGCCUCCUCCACUCGGUUCAGCCCAGUCCACUUUGACCCCCCUGUACCACCGUCCCAGAGUGACACAGAGGAGACAGUGGGUUCCAAUGUCCCAGCCUCCAGAGUUGAGCUGUUCCCCUCCACCACAGUGGUCCACAGCACCCUACCACCAGGGGGCACUGCAAGCUCCCACAGACAGGUCAGUACACGGGUGAUCACAUCGGGUCAACAGAAAGCCUCCAAAACCGUGACCGCUCGCAUCACGGCACGCGCCGAUCUCCGUGCUCCCAGCUCCGUACGUGCUCCCAGCAACCUCCAGGUUAUGGGUGUGGCUCCUCCCAUGAGCUCUGUCAUCGUGGAGCGCCAUCACCCCGUCACACAGGUACACCAUCAUCACCAGCUCACGGUGGGUCAGGCCACCGCAGCUAAGUUCCCCCGCUCCUCUCAGGGGCGGGGGAACUCUCAGCAGGGCCAGGGCCCCUACAGCAGCAAGAGUUCCUCCAGAACACACUCAGCCUACCACGUACACUCUAUCAAAGUGGUUGAGUAAACACACACACAUUCAACAUUAUCACCUAUGGUUCACAUAGGAAAAUUCCACUACCUUAUAUGCAAAUACAAGUAGUCUUCCCGUACAUGACUUGGACAUGGUGAUACAUGUGCACAAUUGAAUAUUCCCAAAUAUUCUACACAUACGUAACCACACACACACACACGUUCACUACUAUGAGAGAACGAUGAAGGACCUGAACCAUUUCUGUGAGAACUAAGUUUAGGAUUACAGAAAAUAAUUUUUCAAAUGCAAUCAAUAAACAUGAUAACACUCUGGAAUGGAAGGUAGAAUGGUGACGGAUGGAACCGGCUUGUCUUUUCACAGCAUUUGGAUAAUGACCUUUUCACUAGUUUUACUUCUUAUUGUGAAUGACUGUUUUUGUAUUUUCUUCUGUUUUUUUUAUUUGUUGUUUUUAAAUGAUGGAAAGUCAGUCUCUUGACUGUUGUGUGAAAUCGCAUAUUUGAAAUAAUAUUGCGUUGAUGAUGUGUUGAGAACAACACUUGUGGUCAAGUUUUCAGGACUGUAUCAAGGCCAUUUGUUCAUGUUUUGGUCAAAAUCUGCACUAUAAUCUUUCACAGUAAAUUCUUGAACAUGAAUAAAACAUGAAUUACAAAUAUUCUCAGAAUAAUAAACCAUUCCCUAAUUAGAUGUACAGUUGAAGUUGGAAGUUUACAUACACUUUAGCCAAAUACAUUUGAACUCAGUUUUUCACAAUUCCUGACAUUUAACCCUAGUAGAAAUUCCCUGUCUUAGGUCAGUUAUG